AUGAUUAAAUCAACUUCAUUCGAUCAGUCUUCUUCCUUACCUUCAACUCAACUUCCUUCAUUUAAGACUCCAUCUAAAUCAAAGUCAAAAUCAAAAUCAACCUUAUCAUCAAUGCAUCAUCCUCAUGAUACACCUCUUCAACAUCAUUCAUUUGAUUAUCAACCACCUCUUCAUUCUAGCUCUCCUCUCUCAUCCAACCGUUUCCUUCAACCCAAUCAUUUCCCAUCAAAACCGUCACCAUUCGGAAAUCAAUCAAUCAAACCAAAGCCUCUCAUAAAACGAUCAAUGAAACCUUCAUCUCAUGCUGGUUCUGAAUCAAUUUCCAAUGUUCGACUUCGAAAACGUGGCUUUAAUACUCCUAACCCAUCAUCUCAAAUCUUUCCUUCAUCACCUACUUCAUUCUCUCUUCUACCUUCAAGUCCAUCUCGUUCUACCAACACUUGCAAUUUACUCGAUGAAUUCAUGUCUUCUCCUGCCCCUCGCUCCAAGGCCAUCACUUUUACUUCUCAAUGUAAAUCCCCUGUACCUUCGUCUGAGUCAGAAAAGGUUUCGCUUUCACAAAGAUUGGCUUCUCAAGGGUUUGUUUUCUCACUUUUUAUCCAAAUAAAGACAUAUUUCAUUACUUACAUAUCUGUGGACUUCAUUAGUGUUCAAGCUAGUUGGGAUACCGUCAACAGAGCGAUACAAUAUCUCCUCGAACCACUCCAACAUCAAACAAAUCCUCUUCUUGACUUCACUCACCUCGUGACUCUCAUCAAGCUCAUUGACUCCGUACCAUCAGCAUCACCAAAACGGCCUACAGAGGUAGAAAAACCAUUCCACCAAGUCAUCAAUGGAGUUCCUUUCACUUUCGCUGCCUCUCUCAUUCCUGCCUCUUCACCAACCCCGAUGAGCGAACGUCCACGCACAACCAACAAACCUAGCCAACAGCGUAAUCCUAAACAAAAGCGUUUGAAAAUUGAAUCAGAUUUGGAUGGAUCAGUCAAAGUGGUGACUGUUGGCGAAAAUGACGAGGAGGAGGAGGAAGGCCGCUUCCAUAAAUCAACUCGACCCAAAUUCUCAUCACCACCCGUUUCUCACUGUAAACCGGUGAAUCGAAACGGGCUAGUGUCGGCCGAAGUAGCGCGAUACGGCCGAAUCGCUAUCACUGCUGAAGUUAUGGUGAAUCAAUUAGGUUUAAAGGCAGCCAAAGAAGCUAUUUCCAGAGCAAGUGACGGUCAUCCUACUGAUGGAAAUCUCAAGUCUUCUCCAAACCCACCGGAUGCAUCUGCCCUCGAUUGGUUCAUUGUAGGCAAACAGAAGAUUUUCAAGGCGGACCAAGGUCCGACACUUGUGGUACCAUCCACACCAUCAGGUCCUUCAUUUUCAAUGACAGACGAUCAAAGCACCUUUUGGAAAUCACUCUCUCAAUCUUCUAUCAACUUGCAUCGAUCCCAAAACCCGUUCCUAAGUCCUUCACCUGCAAUCUUUUCAAGUGACAGUAAUAUACCUUUAAAUCCUCAACCUAAUCAUUCACUUCGUCAAUCUUUCAACCCGUUCCCAAACCAUACCCGACUUUCAAAUGCACUUUCAACUCAAACUCAAUCAUACAUCACUUCAUCAUAUCAAUUACCAGAAGAAGAUAUAUGUUUCAAACCUGGAUCGUUUCAUCAAACCGAAACCUUUGUAGCACCUUUGAUUGUUAAAGAAACAGAUGAGAAUUCGACACCUAAAGAUUCACAACCAUAUCAAAUUCAUAGAUCUAGAUUUGAUUACUCUCCUUGUUCUCCUCUAAGACAUCAUCAACUUCGAAACCCCAACCAAAAUCCGAGUCAAAAGAUUUGUUUGUUUGAAGAUAUAGAUGAACCGAUUGAUUUUUUUACCAAUUCUUCACCUGUGGCUAGACUUGGAGAAAUCGAUCCGAAUCGAUUAAACCAACUAAGAGGAUCUAGUCCUUCACCCUUCGUAUGA